GCAGAGGCGGAAGCCCGUCGCAUCUUCAAGCGCGAAGCAGAGGCCGAGCCAGAAGCUCGUCGCAUCUUCAAGCGUGAAGCAGAAGCGGAGGCAGAGGCGCGAAGAAUCUUCAAGCGCGAAGCCGAGGCUGAGCCCGAAGCGCGCCGAAUCUUCAAGC